UUUUUCUUGCUAGGGAUUGAUUUCCUGGCUUGCCUCUUCUAUUUUCUGCUACUUUUUUUAUUACCUCUAGCUGCUGAUUUAUUAAGUCAUAGAGUCUGUAUGUUAUCUUCAUAUCAUUUUCUUUUUUGGUUUCUAGCUCCUUCACUUAUUCUUCUUUAUUAUUGUUGAUUUAUUCUUCUUCUUUUUUCAUUGUCUUCCCAUUUCUCUCAAUUCCUCUUUCUGUUUCUAGUUCUUUUUAUAUUAGCUCAAUUGAAAACUCUUUUUGUUUUAUCCCUUUUUUGUCAGCAUGUCCUAGAUCCACUCUUAGUUGGGUGGCUGCUUGGGCUGUUGGCGCAGGAGGUUGGCCAGAACCUUCUCCAAUAUCAUGACCACUCGAGUCCAACAUUGUCAGGAUCGAAGCCGAGUUACCCUUUCUUAAUUGCUGCUUUGGAGUGGUUCACAGUUAGGAAUAGAGGUUUUCACUAUAGCAAAAUAGAUGUUUAACACUACACUUCCCAAACCCUAAGAAAGCAAACCUUGGGAUUGGAAAGAGAGGAAUUUCAACACAGGGCGCGAAAAGUGGGUGAAUACAGUGAGUGAUAUGAGAGGCGCGAAAACCCUAAGUUCUCAGUGCCUCCUUCUCUGACGGAAUGAUGCAUAGGACGGAUCAAUGGCGGCGUGAAUUUGAUUCACAAACAUUUAUUUAAGUGCUGGGCGAGGAUAUGAUCUGUGGCACUUGUACCACAGCUUCUAAAUCACUAAGUUUCAAAGCACUAUUGUUGCAGAAAUCAUCCAAUUUUCGGGUUCAGUUCUUCUCCAAUUGCUCCCCUAAGAAGCUAAGAAUGGAUAGUAAUCUUAAUUGUAGCAUUGAGGGCAACAAAAAGGUGUGUAGAGGUGCCUUGGUUGUCCUAGAAGGCUUGGAUCGUUCUGGGAAGUCCUCUCAGUGUAGCAGACUAGUCAAUUAUUUUGAGGGUCAAGGAAUUUCUGCUGAAUUAUGGAGAUUUCCUGACAGAAACACUGAUGUUGGGAAAAUGAUAUCUGCCUAUCUUACUAACACUUCACAGUUGGAUGAUCAUACUAUUCAUCUCCUCUUUAGUGCCAAUCGUUGGGAGAAGAGGUCACUGAUGGAAACCAAACUCAAAUCUGGAACAACUCUCAUUGUUGACCGCUAUUCAUAUUCUGGUGUGGCUUUCUCCGCUGCCAAGGGACUUGAUAUUGAGUGGUGUAAGGCUCCAGAGGUUGGGCUGCUUGCUCCGGAUUUGGUAGCUUACCUUGAUAUUCCACCGGAGAAAGCCGCAGAAAGAGGAGGAUAUGGAGGUGAAAGAUAUGAAAAGUUGGAGUUUCAGAAGAAAGUUGCUGAAAGUUACAAAGCUCUUCAUGAUGUCUCCUGGAAGUCUGUAGAUGCUUGCCAACCCAUUGAAGAUGUGGAGAAACAGUUACAGGAGAUUGUAUUUGAGUGUGUCGCAGAGUGUCAGAAGGGGAAGAAGCCGCUCUCCCUCUUGUGGUCAAAGUAGACUUGUUAUACUCUUGAAAGGGAUAUAGACAAAUAUGUGAGGAUCAAUCAUGAACCUUACAAUAUUCGGUUGUGUUUGUUUCAUUCUUAUUUCCUAUGUAUCAUUAGUUAGACAUUUGUUUUCUAUAUAUAUAUAAUGGCAAAUAGGCUUUUUGUAAUCUUGGUGAGAGCACUGUAUAAUUAAAUUUCACUGUAAGUUAACCUUUAUAGUUUUCUUUUUUUUUUGGUCAGAAACCUUUAUAGUUUAUACACUACAAUAGAGUUUCUUGGCUAUGGUAUUGAACUAUUGAAGUUCAUAUCCACCAAUUUGGCCUUUUUGUCCCCAGAACUUUUUCCUACUAUUAUGUAUGUAUUUAUCUACAUGCUUACGGUAUCAAAUUGU